AUGCAAUGCACCAUUCGAGGUGUUCCGAAGGUUGUGCCUGCAUGCGCCAAGACGACCACCUCCGUCCCGAUCCAAGAUGCCUCAGCUCCGCUCCCUCUACCGCUCCCUCCUCCGCGAACUACCCCCGCUCCCUGCUCACCACCCCGCGCUCCCCUCCACCACCGCCUCCGCGAAGCCUUUGCGCCCUCGUCGACGUCUUCGGCCCCCGACCGGGCCGCGUCCCGCCUGGACCCCCACCUCGCCGAGCAGCUCUCCGUCUACCUCCGCGCCCAGCGGACCUACGGACAGCUCCUGGAGCGUUACAACCCCGGCAUGAACAUGGAGCAGGACGAGAGGGUGCGCCUGACCGCCAGGAAGGUCGGCAUGGACCUACCCGUCGAGUUUAACGUCGGGGGUCGGAGAGGUGAUGCGGCUUAA